AUUAUUACCCAAACUGUUUUGUCCACUUGAUUAACCAAUCGAUAGUCGAUCGGUAUCAAGAAUUAAGGACGGUUUAUGCUUAUCUGCUUGAUAAUGGACGAACAAGCAGAAGUCAUAUCGAUCAGAUAAUGUUUAGUACAAGUAUUUUUUUCCUACACCGCUGUGUGCAUUCACGUAUGAGUGUCGUAUUCCACAUGAUCUGUGUGUCGGAGUUGUGUGCAUAUGUUGUGUCAUAAAAAUUGUGUUACUGACUUCUUGACCAGUUCCUUGCAAUGGCUAGUCGAAAAAGCUCUUUGAGCAAGCGGGAGACAAACGGUAAGCUGACAGGUAAUGGCGCAACAAAUGAAUCUUCUGGUGUCCCAGAGAGGGCGACUUGGGGAAGUCCCGUGGAAUUCAUACUCGCGUGCUUGGGGUACGCAGUUGGGUUAGGCAACGUUUGGCGAUUUCCAUACCUUUGCUACAGAAAUGGUGGUGGUGCAUUUUUAAUACCAUUCUUUUUGAUGUUGGUCUUCAUUGGAUUGCCAAUUUUCUUUUUGGAACUGUACAUCGGACAGUAUUCGGGCAUCGGGCCAUUGCAGGCCUUCUCAGCAAUCUCACCGUUCUUCAGCGGCCUCGGGUACUGCACCCUGGUCGUCAUAAGCAUCAUCUCCAUCUACUACAUGAUCAUCGUGGCGUGGAUACUCUUCUACACGAUCGUCUCCAUCGCCGGAAAUCUCGAUUGGGGUUCUUGCGAUAAUGCAUUCAACAGUUUACAUUGUUACAGCGGAGAAUACGAUCGAAAUUGUAGGAGUCAAAACUUCACUGGAAGCGAAACUAAAACUUAUUACUUAAAAAGUUGCAUAAGUAUCGGAACAAUCUGUGAGAUGACAGGGUUCCAAUCGCUCAAUGAAACGCACUGCGCCGAUGGGCCCGACCGCGUGGUGACAUGGUACACUAAUGUCACGAGGAUCCUAGCUUCUGAGGAAUACUAUAACGAACGCGUCCUUGGAAGAGGUGACGCGUCCUGGACAAAUUGGGGAAGUAUUCAAUGGCAUAUUGUCGGCACUCUGUUCCUGUGCUGGUUGCUGGCUUUCCUGUGUGUGAUUAAGGGUAUACAAUCGGCCGGCAAGGUCGUGUACUUUACCGCCCUCUUCCCCUACGUGAUGCUGACGGCGCUGCUCGUGCGAGGUGCGACACUGGAGGGUGCGGCUGAAGGCAUCCUCUUCUAUCUGUCACCCAAAUGGGAGACCUUGCUGAGCGCCAGCGUUUGGGGCGACGCCGCAUCGCAGAUAUUCUAUUCGUUCGGAGUGGCGUGUGGGUCCCUCAUCACCCUCGCCUCCUACAACAAGUUCAACAAUAACUGUCACUUCGACGCUGUCAUGGUGUGCAUCACCAACUUUCUCACUUCGAUAUAUGCCGGAUUUGCCAUAUUCGCCGUGCUUGGUUUCCAGGCUCAGCAGAUGGGUGUCAGCGUUGAUGACGUCGCAGAAUCUGGACCAGGUUUAGCGUUCGUUGCGUACCCGGAAGCGCUUCUUCAAAUGCCAGUACCCCAGCUGUGGGCCAUUCUGUUCUUCUUCAUGCUUUUCAUACUCGGUCUCGGCUGCCAGUUUGCUGGCAUUGAAGCGAUCAACACAGCCAUUGUAGACAAAUGGCCAAAACUACGGAAGAGGUAUUGGAUGGUGACUGCUGGCACAUGUUUCACCUGCUUCAUUCUUGGACUGCCGAUGUGCUUCAGCGGAGGAGUAUACCUGUUCACGAUAUUGGAUUGGAACACAGCUACAUGGGCUAUACUUCUGAUAGGCAUGGCUGAGUGUACGGCCGUGUCGUGGAGUUAUGGUAUCAACCGGGCGAUGGAAGAUCUUGCAUUAAUGAAGAUGAAAUUCCAUCCGGUACUGAGCUUCUACUGGAAAUCGGUGUGGACGGUCUUCGUUCCCGUGGGCAGUAUUAGUAUACUGAUAUUCAUAUUUACGUCUUGGGAGUCGCCUUCGUACGGGGACUACAAGUUUCCUUGGUUCGCCGACAUGCUGGGCUGGUUGGUCGGUCUGUCCACACUCAUACUAUUCCCGGUUGGUGUAUGUUGGGCAAUAUACGCAGGAUAUCGUGGUAAGGAACUGUUCACAGCAACUCCUAAGUGGAAACCAGCGCUGAAAUCACAAGUGGAACCUCGUUCGAACUUCACUACCGACUCGGUAGAACAAGGCGGACUAGAUAAUAAUGGAUUUGUUUUAUAAAAUCUUACCGAUGAAUUUAUCUAAAUUAAUUAACUACAGGGUUAUGACGACUCAUCGAAAAUAACUGACAUAAUAAUAAUUUAUGGACUGUAAUUUUAUAGGCAAAAACCAAUUCGGCACAAAUGCGAAAAAAAAAUCGGAAUUUUCAUUAGAUUGUCAACGGAUCAAAUAAUUUUAUUGCAAAAAAAAAUAUCCUACCAAUUUUCACCAAAUCUAGUCUAUAUUUUUAUUUGCAAAUUGUUUAAAUCUAAAGAGAAUUUUGCUAGAAAAAAAUCCACGUGGACCAGACAGCAGACGGGAGCUCGUUAGCAUUCGCCCGGAUUGCGAAGGGUGCGAGUUCGAGUCCCGUCUGCUGCCUGGUCCGCGUGAAUAUUUUUCUUGUAAAAUUUUCUUUUCAUUCAAAUCUAGUUAUUGUAAUUCUUAUGCAUAAGUUUACACCGUACCUUUUUAACACAUUAGUCAAAAAAUGCAUUUACGGAGGUUGUAUACAUUGUUCGAGAGUUCAAAAUUACGGGCGAGUUCGAGAGUUAAAUUUGGUAUGGAGUUAGCUGGUACCCUGGAUUGACACAUAGGCUACGUUUUACUGCGGGAAAAUAUCCCUAAUAAACCACGGGUAACACCGCCGGUAGGGAUGAAACGAUACGAGUAAAUACAAGUAACUACUCGAUACUUUUCUUUCGAUACCAAGUACUUUUGGCAUCGAUACUUUAGAACUGAGUACUCGGUCGGUCACUCACUGAGAAGUAUCAAAAAACUCAUUGAAAGAUAAUUUACUCUAUGGUACGGUCUCUAGUUGGACUUUUUGUUUCGCGAACGCAUCUUUUCUACUGCUCAGUUGACAGCCUUGCGUAUGAUUUAUAUUUAUUCCAAUUUAUUCAGUAAGUCAUUCUUUCAUCGGGUGGCGAGAGCCGUUUUUUGUUUUUGUUAAAUUAAAACUGUGACCGAAUAUCGUUCGUCAAGAUUUAUCGAUACAAGUAAGUAUCGAUUCUUUUCAUUCGAUACCGAGUAGGCAACGAUUUUUUUUUAUUAUUUUUAUUUUUUUAUGUUAUUGGGGGCAUACGAGCAGACGGCUCACCUGAUGGUAAGUGAUCACCGUCGCCCAUGGACACUUGCAACACCAGGAGAAUCAUAAAUGCGAUGCUGGCCUUUAAGGAAGGAGUACGCUCUUUUUUUUGAAGGUUUUUGGGUCGUAUUGGUCCGGAAACACUGCUGGCGACAACAUAUUCCACAGUUUGUAGUACGUGGUAAAAAAUUUCGACAAAAACGCACGGUUAUGGAUAACCACGCAUCAAGAUGAUGGGGAUGAAAUUUUUGUCGCGAUGUACGAUGGCGAAAUGCAGCAGCUGGAAUUAAUCCGAACAAUGCCUCAGAACACUCCCCGUGAUAAAUGCGAUAAAAGAUGCAGAGCGAAGCUACAUCCCUACGCAAAGCCAAAGGAUCAAGCUGAUCGGAAAGGUCCUGGUCGUCGACGAUUCGAGCCGCUCGUCGGUCGUCGACGAUACUUUAUGACCGAUACAGUAUCGAGUAAAAGUAUCGAUACCUAGAUGGUAUCGUUUCAUCCCUAACCGCAGGGCACAGCUAGUUAGUAAAUAUUUCUGAUACAAAGAACGAUGACGUCAGUAUAUCCAUUGACCUUAUCGAGUUGUCGUCACAGUCUCGGCAUCGAGUUAAGAUUUUUAUUGAUCGCCGUCUGAUGUGCUAGUUUCGAACUGAAGUGCACACUUAAGGGUUUCUGUAAAUAGGUUAAUUGGCUAGUUUGAAAUACAUUUAAGUGUAUUCGGUAUGAAUAACAAGUUCUAUUUAUUUUAUUUAAGAAUGAGUACUAGAUUUUUUUAUGUCAAGUUUUUUUUUACUAGAUAAAGGUUAAAUCAACAUAUGUAUUGUUUAUCCAUAUGAAAAAUUAACUACAUUAUAGCUUAUGAAAUACUUGAAAAAAUUCGAUACGAUCCCGAUGUGAUGCUUUGAAUCCAAACUGGUUGGUAGAGUCUGUGCGAAAAAAGAAUGGCGUGGAACGUGGCGAAAAACGGAACUAACAUUAAGAUAGUUAUAAUGUUUAUUAUUUUAAAGCAUGUAACUGCUUGAUGUUUAAAUCUAAAGAAAAUAUAACUAGAAAAAAUUCCACUCGGACCAGGCAGCAGAUGGGACUCGAACCCUCAUCCUUCGCAAUCCGGGCAAAUGCACUGACCAAUUGUGGGUUACCUAUAAUGCGAAGAGAUGGCGCUGCCUUGCAGCUUAAGAAUGGCUAGAAGAAUUUCGACACGGUCCGUGAGGGCCGCGGUAGCAUAAUUGGUCAGU